AUGUAUGCUGUGAGCGCGCUAAGUUGUUUUAAUGACAACCCGAAGAGAAGUCAUUGGUUAUCCGCCAAAAGGGUUUUACGUUACCUUAAGGGAACGUCUAACAUUGGUCUAUGUUUCAGAGACACUGGUGACGAUCUAACAGGAUAUACCGACUCCGACUGGGGAGGUGAUAUUGUCGAUAGGAAAUCUAGAACUGGCUUCAUAUUCAAAUUAUCAAAUAGUGCCAUAUCAUGGGAAUCUAGAAAACAAAAAAGUGUGGCGAUUUCCAGCACCGAGGCCGAAUACAUGGCGCUAACAGAAGCCACUAGAGAAGCCGUAUACUUACGACGAUUCCUAAACAAGUUCGAUACAGUAGCUGAAGAUAGAGCAACCAAAAUAUACUGCGACAACCAGAGUGCAGCUAAGCUGGGGAUCAUUGGAAUUUGCUACAUGCCCUCGAAUGAGAUGCCAGCUGACUUGUUAACGAAAAGUUUGGGAAGGCCAAGUCAUAAUGCUCACCUAGAGACUAUUGGUUUGACGAGCGCUCGAAUUCCGUUGAGAGGGGGUGUUGAAAAUAACAACGUUUAA